GCCGCUUUUGUCCUUCUACAGUGUGCACCUCCCAGUUGAUCUGGGCUGGUCGGUUUCACAGUUUAAUUCUUUCCAACUUUUCCAAUGGCUUCUCGUUCUCGCGCAGGAUUGCCUGCUGGUCCCGGUCCUCGCUCUCGCUCCGUUGCUAGGACCAGAGACAAUGAUAGCGCACGCCGCUACGACGAAGACAAUCGCUCAACCCGCUCUCGAAACGAUCAUCGCACGGAUUACGACUCUCGUUCCCAGCACGAUUCACACGAGCGCGAAGCUCGCACACCCCGCCCGUCAGCCCGACAAAUACGACCUCAGAAAUCCAUGAGCUCAGUCAACCAAGGGCGGUCUGGGUCUCAGCCGCCUCCAGCCUCCAUGCGCACCCGUCACACAGAGCGACCCUCCGAACGCGAGAGACCGGACUUUGGCGCGCACCGCGGUAGCGACACGUCCACUUCCUCCGCGGCCUCUUCGUUCUUAGAUCGGAUGCGCGGUUAUGCAUCUUCGAGGACCAGCCUCGAAGAGGACGAGUCUGAGAAGCCAACGACAUCCACGAGAGGUCAACCUGCGCGUGGCGCUUCUCCUGCGCCGGAAGAACCUGACACCAAUGGUGAUGGGUAUUCGCUUUGGAAUCGGGUUGCUUCGGCGGCUGGCUCCCUUACGGUGAAUGUCAGCAAGGCAUGGGCCACCAAUGUCAUGACGAUCUCUGGUGAAGAGACUCCACCCGGGCAGGAGUCACGGCUGACCCGCGCUAUGAAGUCAUAUCACAUUGAAAAAGCGCGCGAUCCGACCGAGCUUCCAGGAUGGUUGUUCAGCGAGCAGGAACGCCGGAAUCCUGAAGCCGAGCAACGCCGUCAGACAAGCGACCGUUCACAUCUGAGCAAUUCAGAUUCGAGGCAACAGCCUUCUGCAAAGGUUGAUCCCCCUUCUCGUGGAUUCAGAGACAUCUAUGAUGCGGCGGCAGCAUCAAGCUCUUCUCCGCGUAGCCAUGCUGAUGAGACGUCGACACAGCCUUCGAAGGCGACAGAUCGACUGAAGGCACUGCGCGAUGCGAAACGUAACGGCGGACGUAGCACAGCCAGAGAGCCGCCAGUCAGCGAGGCGAAGCCCGUCGAAAGGACGUCCGACAUUUCCCAGGGACGCCGGCGGGUUGGACUGCCAUCGGGACCUGUUUCACGGCGGCUGUGAUUUGUCUAUCUACUUUUAGCUUGCGUUUGGCCAAUGAGAAGGCGUGUACAGAAUGUGUGGUAUCUAACAAUCUGAUGGAAUAGGGAGGGUCUAGACCGCCCUCCUACAACGCGUCGAGCAAUAUGAGUGGCCCGCAGCCUCACGCCCUGUUGGCAACUCACCAAUCGAGUCCGAUCUUUGACCCUCCUCGAUUGUUUCAGCCGGCACGGUGACCGGCAGAUACUUACUUGCAGUCAGCCUAUGCGGCCCGUUAACUUGGUUCACACAUUGAUGGAGAUCGGGUUGUCAUGACCGCCGGAUAUAAGAACGGUCGCACUUCAUUGGUAGCCCAGUUCCCUCCCCCCUUCUUCUUUUCAUCUCUUUUUUUCGGUCUCCCAGUCGAGACUCGCCUCACUUUCGUUCAUUCGAGAUCGCGCCUCUUUGACAGACGCAUCCAAUCGCGCAGCUCCUCGGGAAGGCCUAUUAGUCGCUUGUUUUCACAGUCUUCACACGCACUCCUCUACGGUUUUCACUUCAAGUUAAUCUUCCACGAUGGUCCUUAUCACUCCUCUUGUCGGCGCCGCCGUCUUUCUCUCCGGCUUCGCUGCCGCUCUGCCGACCAGCUACGGCUCCAACUACGGUAGCUCUUCCGACUCCAGCAGCUACGGUGGAUCCAGCAACUCGAACUCCAACUACGGCAGCUCGAACUCGAACAGCUACAGCGGCGGAUCCAGCUCCAACUACGGAGGAUCCAGCUCUGGCUCCAACUACGGGGGCUCUAGCAACUCCAACUACGGCGGAAGUUCCAACUCGAACAGCUACGGUGGAGGAUCCAACAGCGGCUCCAACUACGGCUCGUCGAACCAAGGCACGACCUCCGUUGACAGCACCUCCACCAUGAUGAUGGAUUCUACGUCGACCGCCAUGAUGAUGCAGACCACGUCGACCAUGAUGAUGGACAGCUCCUCGACCACGAUGAUGAUGGACACCAGCUCGACGAUGAUGAUGGACAGCUCCUCCACUAGCAUGAUGAUGGACACCACCUCCGUCGAUGCUACUUCCACCACGGCUGCUGCGAUGACCUCCGCGACCUACGGCAGCGGAAGCUCGUACUGGGGAGGCAGCGGAUACCAGGACUGUGUCAACCAGUGUGUCGCCCAAUUCGGAGGCAUGAGCGCUGGUGGCUCUUACCAGGCGACCGCGACCGCCGGCACUGGUGGCAGCACUGGAGGUGGAAACGGCGCUACCCACACUGUCAUCGUCGCUCCGACGAAGGGUGUUCUGCGAUUCGUUCCCUUCGCGACCAACGCCAACCCCGGAGACACGAUCGAGUUCCGCUGGGGUGCUAGCAACCACACCGUCACCAAGAGCUCUGCGCUGCUCCCUUGCAACAAGAGCUCCGCUGCGCCUGUCUUCGCGUCCGGCGAGCAGAACCAGGGCUUCGUUUUCACCCAGGUCGUGAAUGACACCAACCCGACCUUCUUCUACUGUGGAACUCCCGGUCACUGCCAGGCUGGUAUGUACGGUAUCAUCAACCCCGCGAUGGCUACCAACGGCACCAACUCGACCGUCUCGGCGAUGAUGUCUUCCAUGGCUGUGAACAGCUCGAGCCUGUCCGCUUACUCCGCCUACGCUGUCAACGCUACUUCGAACAACGCGGCGGCUGCCUCGUGGGGAGCUAACUACGACAUGGCCGCUAUCCCCGGCUGGGCGCAGGAGUCCUUCCUCGCUAACGUCAUGUUCACCCGUGCUUUCAUUGGCAUGAACCCGGAGACCAGCAGCACCAACGGUACCCUUGACCUCAGCAGCGCCGCCACCAACCCGAUGCACAUCCCCGUUGAUGUCGGCAAGCUUCUCGAUGCCAGCGCCGCCAGCUCGAGCUCCGCGGCGGCGGCGGCUGCUGCCCCCACUGCCCCUGCCCAGGCCGCUGGCACUACCCCCGCUGCCGGUGCCGCAGUUGCUUCCCCAUCUCCGUCCAAGAGCGGCGCCUCCGCACUUGCUUCGCCCCGCUUCUUGGUCGCUGCAGUUGUUGUUGCUGCGACUUUCUUCGCUCUCUAAAUGACGGACCUUUUGUAACGGACAACGUAGUAUUUGGACACUUGCAGAUUAACUCAUUUGAUACCGUUUGACUGUUGAUACACUCUACUAUUCUGUGAUUACGAUCUCUUACCUUAUUGCUUCGCACACUGGAGACUAGUCGCAACUAGCCCGGUGCUGUUAGGUAGUCGAAAGUGAACGCAUUUCUUUUGACUCUAGCCAAAGAUAGCAUCUAUUUCAUCCUGUGCUCUAAGAAUAGGCUUCUUCGGUAUCCUCCUUU